UCGGACCUCCCGGCCCAAAAUUCCGUUUAAGCAAAUCACUUUAUAACGCGGGGCAAAUGCCGCAAAUCUAAAAUCACCUUCUUCUCUAAACCCCAAAUUCAGCGUCGCUUCUGCAGCUUCUCGACACUCCAGAUUUACGAAUACGAUGGAUGAUAGUUUAUAUGAUGAGUUUGGUAACUACAUUGGGCCUGAGAUUGAGUCUGACCAGGAGAGUGAUAGAGAGGAUGAAGACGAGGAACUUCCCGACAAGACUGAUGAGGAGAAUGGUGAUGCUUCUGAUGAGGAGAAUGCAGGUCGUGCCAAUGGGUGGAUGACUACCACGGAUGAUAUUGAUAUUGACAAUCAGAUUGUGCUUGCGGAGGACAAGAAGUAUUAUCCGACCGCGGAGGAGGUUUAUGGAGAGGAGGUUGAGACUUUGGUUAUGGAUGAAGAUGCACAGCCUCUUGAGCAACCAAUUAUUAAACCUGUCAGGAAUGUUAAGUUUGAGCUGGGAGUUAAAGAUUCUUCUACGUAUGUAUCAACUGACUUUCUUUUGGGUCUUUCGUCAAACCCGUCUCUGGUUCGGAAUGUUGCAUUGGUGGGACACUUGCAACAUGGGAAGACUGUUUUCAUGGAUAUGUUGAUUGAGCAAACACACCAUAUAUCAACAUUUGAUCAGAACAGUGAGAAGCACAUGAGAUAUACUGAUACAAGGAUAGACGAGCAAGAGAGAAGGAUAUCAAUAAAGGCAGUGCCCAUGUCUCUUGUUCUGGAGGAUAGCAAUUCAAAGUCCUAUCUGUGCAACAUAAUGGACACGCCUGGUCAUGUCAAUUUCUCAGACGAGAUGACUGCUGCCCUUAGACUUGCUGAUGGUGCAGUUUUGGUUGUGGAUGCUGCUGAAGGAGUAAUGGUUAACACUGAGAGAGCUAUUCGUCAUGCAAUUCAAGAGCGUCUUCCUAUAGUUGUUGUGAUAAACAAGGUUGACAGGUUGAUAACUGAACUCAAAUUGCCUCCAAAAGAUGCUUAUCACAAGCUUCGGCACACCAUUGAAGUCAUCAAUAACUUUAUAACUGCUGUUUCUGCAACAGCUGGAGAUGUUCAAAUUAUUGACCCAGUCGCUGGAAAUGUUUGUUUUGCAAGUGGAAGUGCAGGCUGGUGUUUUACUUUGCACUCGUUUGCGAAAUUAUAUGUUAAACUUCAUGGCAUUCCAUUUGAUGCUUCAAAGUUCGCCUCACGUCUUUGGGGAGACUAUUACUUCGAUCCUGAUACUAGAGGUUUCAAGAGAAAACAACCUUCGGGUGGGGUGGAAAGGUCAUUUGUCCAGUUUGUGCUGGAACCUCUUUACAAAAUUUACAGCCAAGUAGUUGGUGAACAUAAAAAGAGCGUGGAGACAACUCUAGCAGAACUUGGUGUAACCCUUAGCAAUGCAGCGUACAAAUUAAAUGUUAAGCCAUUGCUGAGAUUGGCAUGUAGCUCAGUGUUUGGUUCUGCAACAGGUUUCACAGAUAUGCUUGUUCAUCACAUUCCAUCGGCCAAAGAUUCUGCACCAAGGAAGGUUGAACAUACAUAUACCGGCCCUAAUGACUCUGCUAUAUACAGAGCCAUGGUAGACUCUGAUCCUUCUGGCCCCUUAAUGGUUCAUGUGACCAAAUUGUACCCCAAGUCUGACUGUAGUGUUUUUGAUGCAUUUGGUCGGGUUUACAGUGGUGAGCUGCAUACAGGGCAGACUGUCCGUGUUCUGGGAGAAGGAUAUUCACCAGAUGAUGAGGAGGAUAUGACUGUAAAGGAAGUUACGAAAUUAUGGGUUUAUCAAGCUCGAUAUAGAAUACCUGUUGGUAAAGCUCCUCCUGGUUCGUGGGUUUUGAUUGAAGGCGUGGAUGCCUCAAUUAUGAAGACUGCAACUCUUUGCAGUUCAAAUUAUGAUGAAGAUGUAUACAUAUUCCGGUCUCUUCAGUUUAACACACUUCCUGUUGUGAAAACAGCAACCGAGCCUCUAAAUCCAAGUGAGCUGCCAAAAAUGGUGGAGGGUCUUAGGAAGAUUAGCAAGAGUUACCCACUUGCGAUUACUAAAGUUGAGGAGUCUGGAGAGCACACCAUUUUGGGUACCGGAGAGUUGUACCUAGAUUCUAUUAUGAAGGAUCUGAGGGAGCUUUACUCUGAAGUGGAAGUGAAGGUGGCAGAUCCUGUUGUCUCAUUCUGUGAAACUGUAGUGGAGUCUUCAUCAAUGAAAUGUUUUGCUGAAACUCCCAACAAGAAAAAUAAGAUAACAAUGAUUGCAGAGCCAUUAGAGAGAGGUCUUGCUGAAGACAUUGAGAAUGGUGUUGUCAGCAUUGACUGGCCGAGAAAGAAACUGGGUGAUUUCUUUAAAUCAAAAUAUGACUGGGAUUUGCUUGCUGCACGGUCUAUUUGGGCAUUUGGUCCUGAUAAACAGGGACCUAACAUUCUAUUGGAUGACACACUUUCGGGUGAAGUGGACAAACUCACAUUGAAUGCUGUGAAAGAUUCCAUUGUUCAAGGAUUUCAAUGGGGUGCCCGCGAAGGACCCUUGUGUGAUGAGCCCAUCAGAAAUGUUAAAUUCAAAAUUGUUGAUGCAAGGAUUGCACCUGAACCAUUGCAUCGUGGAACUGGUCAGAUCAUUCCAACUGCUAGACGAGUGGCUUAUUCAGCUUUUCUUAUGGCUACUCCACGACUUAUGGAGCCUGUAUAUUAUGUGGAGAUACAAACACCAAUAGAUUGUGUGUCUGCCAUAUACACGGUGUUGUCACGAAGGAGGGGUCAUGUGACUGCUGAUGUUCCUCAACCAGGGACACCUGCAUAUAUUGUCAAGGCGUUCCUGCCUGUUAUCGAGUCGUUUGGAUUUGAAACAGAUCUGAGGUAUCACACUCAAGGGCAGGCAUUUUGUGUUUCUGUAUUUGAUCAUUGGGCUAUAGUUCCGGGGGACCCUCUAGACAAAAACAUUGUCUUGAGACCUCUGGAGCCUGCUCCCAUCCAGCACUUGGCUCGGGAGUUUAUGGUCAAGACCAGACGUAGAAAGGGAAUGAGUGAGGAUGUCAGCAUCAGCAAGUUUUUUGACGAAGCCAUGGUUGUGGAGCUUGCUCAGCAGGAUGCCGAUCUCCAUCUGCAAAUGAUCUAAGUCUGGGUAUUCUCACCAGUAUGUAAAAGAACUGUUUGUAUAAUCUGAACCGAGCAUUUAUCACUUUGGAACCCAGUUACAUCUUUUGUAUUCUGCUUAUCAUUGUUAAGAUCUGGAACCAUGAAAACUGAUUUUUCCGGUUCAUUAAAUGGUACUACCACACUGCUAGAAGAAUGACUACUGAAGGAGAACAUCUCUAAAUUGCUUA